AUGCCAGCCACAAAACUAGUGACGGUGUACGGGGCCACAGGCGCUCAAGGCGGGAGCGUUGUGCGUUCCCUAUUACGCGAUCAAUCUGGCAUCUUCAAAGUACGAGCCAUUUCGCGAAAUCCCGAAUCAGAAGGAGCGAGAGCACUCGCAGCUGCUGGCGCUGAAUUGAUCAAGGCCGACGGUUUUAAGAAAGAAGAGCUGCUUUCUGCCUUUGCCGGAAGCUGGGGCGUUUUCGUUAAUACCAACUCCGAUGAUCCUGCUGUAGGGCAGAAGAAUGGACCAAGUGAGACAGACAUUGGAAAGGAUGUGGUCGAAGCUGCAGUUGAAGUGGGCGUGAAGCACUUCGUAUACAGCGGCUUGGCCUCUGCGUCCCUCAUUACUAAAGGCGAAAUCCCCGUCGAAUGCUUUGACGAGAAACACGCCAUUGCCGAGUACGCAAGGUCCAAAGCCUCUUUCAGUAGUGUCGUGGUUGUCAGCCCAGGCUGGUACAUGGAGAACUUUCUCGAUAAAGACGUUGCAAGUCUGUUCGGUGGUCUCCCAUACUUCCCAGAUGAAGAUGGUUACUUGACCCUCAACUGGCCGCAUUGGGGUGGGAAUGAUCAAGUCCCUCUCGCAGCCAUCGGCGCCGACUUUGGCGACUACGUGCAUGGCGUAUUUUUACAGCCGGAGAGGUAUAACGGCAUGUUCAUUCAAGGCUUCAGUCAACCACGGUCUCUCGGUGACAUUGCCAAAGAUGUGCAAGAAGUAACGGGAAAGAAGGCCCGUUUUGUGCCUAUCGAGGACUGGAGAUCUAUCGAAACGAAUGACGACAGGUUUUUAGUCACCGUUCGAGGGAUGUUCGGCCUUUGUCAGCAUUCUGGUGGUUGCUACUACGGAACACCAAAUAGCACGGAGGCAGCAUUUCGGUUGAAGCAGGCGGCCAUUACAGCACAAGGUGGAAAUAUGGAUAACGUAAAACUUCUUACUCUGAGAGAAUUCUCCCAGAAACACUUGUCUGAAUAA